AUGGCAGACGAGUCCUCCUUAUGGGCAGCCAAGAACAAGCUGCAGGAUUUGAGAGAACAGUUCGAGGGUGUGAAAUCCCGGCUGGAAUUGACUCUUGACAAUGCAACAGCCAUUCUCGAAGAGGCCGAUGACAACCUCAAGCACGCUGAGGAGGGUCUACACGGCGACGCCGCAUCAAGGCCCGGAACGGUUCGAGGUACAGUGAGACUUUGCGAUUCUUGUAAAGAAAUUGACAUCCCCAACGUGUUCGCUGCGUUGUCUAAGCUCAAACCUGACACCGAGCAACGCCAUCUGGCGAACGCACGUCGCACAGUUGGUGAUUUACGGCACGCUGUCGAGGUAGAAUAUUAUUGUUGUCUAUGCAAAUUCCUGCUCGAGGCCAUCCUGCUACAGACUGCUAAAGGCUCGUUCACAAUUCCACCUGGCCAGAAUGAACAUGCGACCUCGAUUCGACUUGUUUCCGAUUCUGACCCGUGGUUCGUUACUGCAGGAAUUAGUGUCAAUCUCCCACCUUGUCAAUUUGGCUGGCUUCGGGUUGGCGCGCGAGCAAGAUCAGACCCAUCGAUCUGUAUUACCUUCGAGCCGGCCAUUGAUUCUGGCCACGGCACAGAAUCCCGCAACCUCGUCUACCCCAGUGAAAGGCGUCGUCUCUACGCCUUCAACGGCAGCCUCGAUAUCGAGCUUGUCAUAUCAUGGAUCAACAAGUGUGAGGACGUACAUGGUAGUCUCUGUUGCCCAACCGAGUUGGACAAUACAGAAGGCCUCACCGUUAUCGAUGUCGAUUCCCGCGCGAUUGUUCCGUAUCCGCACGGAGAGCGUUAUGUAGCUCUAAGCUAUGUGUGGGGUUCGGAUCAGUCCACUCAGUCUCUUGGAUCUCGCCCACGACCAGUCCGCCUUUCAGACAAUGCCGGACAGGGCUAUGCGCAAGUGCUGCCAUCAAAAACCCCACAAACAUUCGAGGACGCAAUCCGGGUGACGAAGGGACUGGGGGUGCGAUACCUUUGGAUUGACCUCUUUUGUAUCAAUCAGGAUGACCGAGAAGAGCAACAACGGCAGAUCGCGCUGAUGGAUCAGAUUUUCUCCUCAGCUUGGCUGACCAUAGCCUGCCUAGACGGACCCAACGCACGGUAUGGGCUUCCCGGAGUUUCUCGCCCGUUCUUAUACACAAGGCAACCUAAAGUCGAACUUUCCUCGGGACGGCUGACGGCUACUUAUGUACACUCUUGGUGGGACGACAACGGCAAAUCUCGAUGGGAUAGUCGAGCAUGGACCCUCCAAGAACGGCUUCUAUCGAGACGUCUCCUCACUUUCGCGGACACUUAUAUCGCCAUGUCAUGCCGCACAGAAUACUUUCAUGACUUGUUGAGCGUCGACAACUUGACAAGCGCAGGUGGAACCUCACAGAUUGGAGACAAAUACUACAGGGAAGAUGGAUCCGAGAUUAACCUCGAGAAACUAGAGUGGGAUUUCCAACAGUACAGCUCCUUGGUAGCCGACUACACUCACCGCGAGAUUACAUGGGAGAACGACCGAUACAAUGCGUGUCGAGGCUCGUUGAAUCGAAUGACGGCCAGGACCGGGGUCCAAUUCCACUGGGCACUGCCCAAAGUAGACCUCCUGAAAUCUUUGUUAUGGAAGCCCCAUCAUGGCUACGUCAAUUCUCGGUGUCCGGAAUUUCCAUCCUGGAGCUGGCUCGGCUGGUCAGGUUGGGCGGAAUAUGCAUAUUGGAUCCAUGAUCAGACUGCAACUCCUCCCAAUGAUCCGACCAAAGCCGCAAAGCAACACCAAAACACCUCAAACAAGAGAAGGCGCUUGGAAGAUUUCAGCUCGCCAGGAGAAUAUCGACAGGAGGCGACCAUUCUCGAGCUCUCCCAUGUGGGAGAAGAUGUGCCUCCGGACAUCGCUCUACGCACGAGCCUCUGCAUGUUCCAAGUCCGAUUCUUACGACGGGCCGGUGCUCCUCACCUGAACCGUCCGAGUAACACGCAGCAGGCGAAAUUUGCAGUAGGCGACCACUGGGGUCUCGUCGCUCGAAAUGGAGAUCUGCUGCGAAACCCCGUUGGCGAGCACCAAAACUUUGAGCCUACGGACGUGGCCUUCCGCUUACACCCUGCACAUUCGCAAGUCUUACGAAAUCAGAACAACCGGGUAGAAUUAAUGUUUGUGAAGCAUUGGCUUCGGAUCUGGGAUUCGGACAGAAUCAUUGAAAACAUGGUCAGCGCUCUGGUGGUCGUCAAGAGAGACGAUGGCAGAUCUUAUUGGCGACUUUCUUCCGUGCUGAUACCCGCAUCAGAAUGGUACACACGAAAUCCUGACGAAAGGGAUAUCAUUUUGACAUGA